AUGUGGCCCCGCUGGGCCUGCGUCCUGGCUGUGGCGCUUGCGGAGCGCGUCCAUUUGGCGGAGCAGGUGGGCCUGUUGGAGGAGCAUUUGCCGGAGCUCAAAUCAUGUGAGGAUCUUUCAGGGGACUACCAAGUGCCCAAGGAGGGCCUUGAGCUGGAGACCUGCACUGUUGGCAAAGCCGUCGUUCAGGUGCACUUGCUCGGCCCGCUCACCGUGCGCGGAAAUGUCACAGUGCUCGGAAACAUCACAUUCCUCGGCAGCGGGGACUCCAAAAGCAUGUCGUUCCAACAGGCGUGCGUGACUAUCGGUGGCACGCUGUCUGUGUCUGGUAGCAUGGUGAUCGAGAAUUGCUGGAACAACGGCGCAGACAGGGCACAUGGCGGCUGCCUCAAUGCCAGCGACCUGGUUCUGGAGGAGGGCCUACUGCGCUUGGACACCUGCAAGACGGCUGGGCUUGGCGGUGGGGCAUCCAUAGGCACUUUGCUCCAGAGGGGGUGGUGA